AUGAUUGUAAUUCUGCUGCUGUCUAUGUCGGUGGUAUUGUACAGUGGUGGCCAAGAGUUGGAGCCGCCAGCAUUUCUGCCAGAGCUUCUUAACACACCUGAAAGAUUCUUGAACAAUGCCACAUUACUCAAUGGAGUCUUUCAAAAUGUGGAAAGUGUUGCAUUAUUUUUUGACUGCCUGGGUUCUCACUUCACCUGGUUACAGUCCAUCUUCACCAACUUCCCUGCCCUGCUCAACUUUGUGAACAAAAUGAAGUGUGUUACUGGCUUUUGCCCCAGGGAUUUUGAAGACUACGGUUGCUCUUGCAGGUUUGAGCUGGAAGGGCUCCCUGUGGAUGAAGCUGAUGACUGCUGUUUCCAGCACCGCAAAUGCUAUGAGGAAGCACUGGAGAAGGAGUGCACAUGGGAUCCAUCAAAGAUUUCUACAGAUGUCAGCUGCUCUGCUGAAAACCUCACCUGUGAGUCUGGAGAUCCCUGUGAACAGUUCCUCUGCAACUGUGACAAGGAUGCCAUUGAGUGCUUUGUGAAUGCACAUGUUAACUCCUCCCUGAAUGGGCUGGAUGUCUCCUUCUGUCCAUCUCUGCCUACAGAAUUCCUUCAUCAUAGGACUGACAAAACAAAGGCUGCAACUGCAUCUGUGGAAGAAGUGAUUUAUUUUGAGCACAGUGAGACAGUCCUGGGGACGUCCAAAGCCAGAGUUACCACAAGGGACCACAGAGGUAGAUCUCCUGCUCCCCCUGUCUUCUUCAUAAAAGAAGAGGAUGGAUUUAUGGACGCUGUAGUCCCAGUGGAAGAGAUAACCACCUCCUCAGACUCAUUCCCAGCAGAUAUUAUCUCAAUGCAAGUCAAAGUUGUCCCUACUGAGAAGAUUCCUGCAGGCAUAUCUGCAAGGACAAAAGAAAAAGAGACAAGCCUUGCAAGUGGGGGCCAGAGCACAUCUUCCUCUGGAAUAGCUCUGGAACUGUUACUGUCUGACAGGCAACCAAAUGAACCUGCACAAAAAGUAUGUGAGAGAUUAACCUUUCUGCAAGAGAGAGGAGAUGGAAGAGUGAAGAAGGAGCUGCCCCAGCUAGGAGAAAUGCUCUUCUGUCUAACUGAGCGCUGCCCAGAGGAAUUUGAGUCUUAUGGUUGCUACUGUGGCCAGGAAGGGAGAGGCCAUCCUGCUGAUGCACUGGACAGGUGCUGCUUCUCUCAUCAUUGUUGUAUAGAACAAGUUAAGAAACUUGGAUGUCAUGCAGAAAGAAGUUCAAGAUCCGAAGUUGUAUGUUUUGAUCACAAGCCAAAAUGUAUUGGUUGGACCAUGUGUGAGAAACUCCUGUGUGCUUGUGACAAGACAGCAGCCGAGUGCAUGGCUUCUGCCUCUUUCAAUGAAAGCCUGAAGUUCACACACAGGCAAGAGUGCCAAGGGGAGAAAGUCUCAUGUCAAAGGGACCCUUAUGAAAGGCCUCCAGCUGGCACAGAAACAGGCACCGCCGUCUCCAGCUCCGAGGAGAGCAGUGAGGAGGAAGGUCCACUGAGGACCUUAAGACGAGCAAAGAGAGAGAGACACCAUCCCAUUGGGAACUCCAGAACUGUGCAACGUGAGGGCAGAUAA